GUGGAUCGAUCGAGCAUGGGGCGGGGGGUGUGUGUAGGUGUGACUGUUUGGUUGAAAUAGUUCGCGCCGCUUGAGAUGUGCGUUUUUGAAUAUGUGUCGUUGGUGAUGAGGAUCAUGGGUUGUGUUGAGAGCUAGAAUGGGUGGCAAAUUGUUUCUGGGGUUUGUGAUUUUCGGUAUUCUUGGGAUUGUUUAGUUUGACGGCAGUAGGCUAGUAUGCGUGGGAGUAGCGAUGGUGCGGUUUAAAUUGUAUUCAAUAAUUUCGACCAGAUUAAUGCUUAGUUUAUUUCUGGUUUCUUUUCGAGCAGAUUAGUUCGAUUUGCGGAAGCGGUAGUCAGGUGGCAUACCAAAUUUUGGACAAGUACUAUAAAGAUGCAGAGACAGGGAGCGAAUCUUGCAGGACGGUUAUGGAGUCUGGCUGCUACGCGGACAUCGCCUUGGACGCAAGCCAAGCAUGUCUCACCCGCAAUUAUCUUUGCCAGCAGGCCAAUGUCCACAUCUACUGCUAUUAUGGAGGAAGGAAUGGGUAGUGGCCGUAGCCUUCUCCUUGACGAUACUGCUGAGCAGUUUAAAGAGAGCGUCCGGCAUUUUUCACAAGAGAAUAUUGCUCCUCAUGCAGCUGCCAUUGAUCAUAAUAACAGCUUUCCGACGGAUGUUAACCUGUGGAAGUUGAUGGGAGACUUCAAUCUGCAUGGUAUCACUGUUCCGGAGGAGUUCGGUGGUCUUGGAUUAGGAUAUCUUUACCAUUGUAUAGCCAUGGAAGAAAUCAGUAGGGCUUCUGGUGCUGUUGCUCUUUCGUACGGAGCACACUCUAACCUCUGCAUCAAUCAACUGGUUCGGAAUGGGACACAGGCACAAAAAGAGAAGUACCUGCCAAAGCUUAUAAGUGGAGAACAUAUUGGGGCUUUGGCUAUGAGCGAACCGAACUCUGGGUCGGACGUGGUUAGUAUGAAGUGCCGAGCUGGAAAAGUCGAAGGGGGUUACGUACUCAAUGGAAACAAGAUGUGGUGCACCAAUGGCCCCAAAGCAAACACACUGAUCGUCUAUGUAAAAACGGACGUGCACGCGGGGGCACAUGGAAUAACUGCUUUCAUCAUCGAGAAAGGCAUGGAAGGGUUUAGUACUGCUCAGAAACUAGACAAGCUUGGGAUGCGGGGCAGUGAUACAUGUGAGCUUGUGUUUGAAAACUGUUUUGUAUCAAACGAUCAGAUUCUUGGUCAGGAAGGGAAAGGAGUUUAUGUGAUGAUGUCUGGCUUGGACUUGGAGAGGCUCGUACUUGCUGCGGGGCCCUUGGGCUUGAUGCAAGCGUGUCUCGAUGUAGUCCUUCCUUACGUGCGCGAGCGGCAGCAAUUUGGAAAACCUAUUGGCGAAUUUCAAUUGAUGCAGGGUAAGCUAGCAGACAUGUAUACGAAAAUGCAAGCCUCUAGGGCUUUUGUGUACUCUGUAGCCCGCAUGUGUGACGCUGGACACGCAGAUAGAAAGGAUUGUGCAUCAGUGAUACUAUUUUCUGCUGAGAACGCUACCCAGAUGGCGCUUCAGGCCAUUCAAUGUUUGGGAGGAAACGGAUAUGUUAAUGAAUAUCCAACUGGUCGGCUUCUUCGAGAUGCGAAGCUGUAUGAGAUUGGAGCAGGGACAAGUGAGAUUCGGCGAAUGUUAAUUGGUCGUGAGCUCUUCAAGGAAGGCUGAUGCAUUUGAAGUUCAGUCUCGAUUCAACUUAUUGCUUCAAAUUGAGGUUAAUGUUGAGGUUGAUGUAUGACAUGCCUUGUACUUCGAAUUUACAUGUAUAGCUAUGAAUGUAGAGAUCUGCAGGUCCAAUUUGCAGAGUUGUGAAUUAGAAGGAAUUAUUUUUAACUUCAGGUUUUCAAAUAGUCUCUAAACUUAAUGCUGUAAGCUUAUGUAAAUGUCUCGAAGUUGGAAUCAGAUUGCAAGGCUUUCUCUUCUAGCUUUCACUAAAGCCCCAUUGUCUUACCAAAAUUCUGGUAGACAUGAAAGUAUUUCCAGUUGUAAAACAACCAUUAAUUUUUACCAUAUCAUUUUUUAUC